AUGCCAAAUUUGGAACAUGUAGAUAUUGACUUGUGUUGCUAUUUUAGCGGACAAGUAUUUAAAAAAAUUGGACAAUUUCAACAGUUGAUAUAUUUCAGAAUCGAACGAGGUAGAGACAAUGCUUCACUCAUAGAACAGUGUGAAGAUAUUCAUUUUGGAGGUGGUACAUUACCAAAAUUGGAAUUCUUAGAUGUUGAUCCAUCCAACAGCAAUCGUCCUGUUGGAAUACUGACUAAAACAGAUCUCGUUAGAGAGAGUCUGAAAUCCUACAAAAACAUUGAUCUUCCUGCUGAGUCAGUGAUGUCAAAGAAUUUAACGUUUGCAAAAGAUUACCUUGAAGAAGAGCAGGUUGCUGAAGCCAUGCGUUCAAAUAACAUUCACUAUGUUUUAGUGGAAGAUGAACAAUCGAAUUGGAUAGGAAUGGCUUCAACAGUGGAUAUCCUGGAGGAGAUGGCCCACUCUAAUAAGGCCUUUCCUUACAACAGAAGAAGAAAAGUUGAAUAUUGA